CUACAGUUGCUCGAGCUCCUCAACCUUCUUACGGACACCACCUACCGGGUCAGACAAGCAUUCAAUGCGCGGACUCCGAUUCACAAGCUUCCGCCGGAACUCCUCAUUCGGAUCUUCUCUCUCCUUCAAUACACACCAUUGUUCAUCGACCAUGUUGUGGAGCAAGUCUGCGGUCCGCAUCACUUCAAGAUCGCUUCAGUAUUGUUACCAAUUUCUUUGGUCUGCCACCACUGGAGGGACGUGGUCCUGAAUGCACCCUUGUUGUGGUCAACCAUCUCGUGCGCGCAUCCGCGGUGGGGGCCCUUUCCCUCCCCGACGCCUAUGAAGCACUUCUCCCGUCUUCCCUGCGCUCAUAGCGACAGUCCUCUCUCCGUAUACGGGGAAGCGCCUAGCCGCGAUGACUACAAGUCGGACGUAUUUCUCCGUGCUCAUGCUCAUCGUGUCCGGGAGCUCUUCGUAUCCGUCCACAACCUCCAUCUACCGCACGGCGACGAGAGGGUCAUCCCACCAUUGCUCUCCUUCCCUGCGAAGAAGCUCGAGCGCGUGAUCAUGAAGGGCGUCGGCUCCCGUUUACCUGCGUUUCGAUGGCAAGAUCGGGCUCUAUUCGGAGGUCGCAACUUGCACUUACACUCGCUGUUUCUCACCGAUGUCCAGUUCCUCCCGACAAACACCAUCUCCACCACACUCACCCGUCUGAUCCUCAUAUACACCCACACUCAAGAUCAGGAUGCAUGGGGUUUACCGGUUCCUAACCUGCUUCGCUUCCUCCAAGGCACGCCUGCUUUACAGGAGGCAUAUCUUGAAGGACUCGUGAAGAAGUCUUACGACGGGACGACUCUGCCCUCGGCUCCCGUCCAUCUGAAAUGCAUGCGAAAACUCCUCGUCGCUUCUGGGAAGGGAGCGGCUACGAUCCUCACUCAUCUCGAACUCCCCCCAGACUGUCUUUUGCGGACGAAGGUUGAUGUAUUGUCGCAUGACGAGAUACGUUUCCUGGUGACUGCUUUCCAGGAGACCUUCAGGUGGCAGCAGACAAAACUCCAUUGCGUCUGGGACGGGGAGACCAACACAUACGCCAAUCGCGGAAACCCUGGUCAUAUCUCUCUACAGGCCAUGCGACCUUCGGGAGGCUGCCUGAGAGUGGACUUGAGCUCCAAGCAGUCGGAUACCUGGGGCGAGGCCGACGCAGGCGUGCGAUCUCUUCUCGCAUGCUUGCCUUUCGCUGCUGCGGAAGAGGUCUGGCUGUCUGGAAAUAACGCGUGGAGAGUCCUCAGACAUGGCUCCAAGCCACUCGCAAGAGCGAAAACUCUCCAUCUCUUACGCAUCGAGUCAUUUGCUCCGUCCUCCGUCGGGAUUCUUUGGCCGAACUCCGGCGAUGAUCACCAGGACCGCUCGACGGGUGCUCUCGAAAAUUUGCACAUCUGCAUGCCGGAAGGGAACGGCCUCGAGAGCCUUGUCGAACUUCUCAUAGCUCGCGCCGAGGUCGGGCAAUUGCUCAGCAACUUAUACGUUUCCGUUCAGAGUCCCGACAGUCUUCCAGCAGCCACUGUCUACGAAGAGAUCCAGAAUGCUACAGAGCCUUUCGUUGAGGACGGGGAGGUUGGCGAAGACCUAUACGAUGCGUACUCGUGGUGGAGCAUCCUUCCCAAGGAGUGCACGGCGGAGGCGGAGACGCAUAGCCUCUGGCCGGUAUGGGCGGAAGGAGUAACGCCAGGCAACUGCAGCGGCGGAUCGCUGUCUCAGCUGUCGGGCCGCGUCGAUGUAGCGUUCGGGCCCUCGCGGUCCUCGUCUACUGGAGAGCCAGACCCCAUAGACGGCGUCGAUGACGAUGACGAUAUGGACCCGUUUGGUCUCUUUGAUUGAGGUUUGUAGGUACGCAACAGUACAUAGCGAGCAUCACAGAGUCCGAUUGAUAGCAGAUAGUUAUCGUUCGGUUGUAGACCUCUGUCGUGUGUGUCGUCACUUUCUUCGCAGCAGAUCUACGAGAAAUAGCUGUAACUUGGCCACGGCGAGGCGAGAGUCCAGUGCACAGGUCGGUGUCAGCGAGAGAGUGUACGAGCUUCCCUCUUUGGUUCGCUCCUGAUGAUCUCGAGUGUACUGAGUACGAGUACACGAUGACUCACGGGUCAAAUAUAUCGUCG